AUGACCAACUCAUCUAGCUCAAAUGACAUACCAAAUAUUGAGAUAAGUAUUCCCACUGAAGUGAGUAAAGAAACUUCACCAGAGACAUGUAUUUCAACUAUUUCCUCUAUCUCAUCAUCUCAAAUCUCUAAUUUGGAAGAUAUAGUAAAUGAGAAUGAUGUAUUUGAUGGCUUUUCAGAUUUUAACUCUGAUGAUA